GAUUUGAUUCGCCUUUCUCCGCAUCUAGUGGGCGACCACAUUAAAUUCAUCCAGAGUGGAAUAUAAAAAUUUCUAAGCUUAAAAUUGUAUUGGAAGUAGUCUCUAGAAAUAUUCGUAAGGCAGCGUGAAAAUGCCAGAGAAACCAGCAGCGAAGUCACCUCCGAAGCCCCUGACCAGCAUCAAGGGGCCCAGGCCUUCCACCGCCUCAUCCAAUCCCGCCUCCAACAGGAACCGACCCACAGGAACUGCAGUGGUCCGGCCCCCAUUGCCCAAUACUCAUGAUAGGAUUUGGAAGAUCAUGAAGAUGUAAUACCAUGGAAAAAUGACUUCUAUUGGGAAGUAACUUAAAAAAUAUGAAAACUGAGGCUUAAGGUAACAGGAGCCUCAUCACAUUUUAGGUGCCCAAACGAAAUCAACAUUUUUAAGUCAAGAUAUUUAUUUUUAUCACAAAAUGAAUUUGAUUAAACGAAAUCUAGAGCUUCGACAGUGCUGAAUAAAGCGAAAAAGUCCCAUGGAAGAAA